AAACCGUUAAAAAUAUUCAAAAGGCUUACUUUAAAACUUAAUAAUUAGAAAUCACAUACACUUUUCAAGGAUUCAUAGUGUAACGAUUUGUAUAUAUAAAUCUUAAAAACACAACACAUUUCACAAUAAGUUUUUCAAACGGUUUUGAUUCGUUUAUAAGCAUCGAAAUGCUGUUUUUUUAAACUGUCUAAUACUCUAUAACUUAACUACUAACGUACAAAACCAAAUAUACUUUCGUGGACAACUGGUUAGAAAAGUUGUCGGUCCCGUCCACAUUUCCGCUACGUGCACCCCCUCCGCCUCCAAUCCCUCCCAUUUCCAACCACUUGCUUUUCCAGCUGCUUUGAGGUCAGUCACUAUCCGUGAAACUGUCCGGCGAUCAGACCCACGGACGCGAGGAAAGGGUGUAGAAAAUCACGCCAGUCAUUAUGCUGCUCAGUCUGUCCAGAUCCGUCGGCGGGUGACUAAAAGACAGCUUGAAGGACCGGAUUGCCUCUCGCUGGAACAAGCCGUGGACAUUUGCCCAAGGAAAGGGUUACUUGUUUGGGAGGAAACUCUUCCCGUGCGCGCUGUGUUUUGAUCGCACUGACGGCGGAAUUACGUUCGGAAUCGUUGGGAACUCGGAAGAUGAACAUUUGCGGCGUUUGGCUUUUGGGAUUUUUUUAGCCUGAGCAACUUGGAAAAAUCUCUGGGAUGCACUGGCCGCUGUAGGGCGACCUGGAAAUCGGAAAAGCACCCAAACAAACCAGUUUACAAACAUUCUCACAACUGAACUCUUGAUAUUUCGAAUCACUGUUGAAAAUGUCGAAUCUUUCCGUGAAGUUCAAGAAGGAUAAAGAGAUCAUUACAGAGUACGAGACUCAAGUCAAAGAGAUUCGUGCCCAACUGGUGGAACAGCAGAAAUGUCUGGAGCAGCAGACGGACAUGAGGGUCCAGCUCCUUCAGGACCUCCAGGACUUCUUCCGCAAGAAGUCCGAGAUCGAGAUGGAGUACUCACGCAACCUGGAGAAGCUCGCCGAACGCUUCAUGGCCAAGACCAGGAGUACCAAGGACCAUCAGCAAUAUAAGAAAGACCAGAAUCUCCUGUCUCCGGUCAAUUGCUGGUACCUGUUGCUGAACCAGGUUCGACGGGAGAGCAAAGACCAUGCGACACUGAGCGACAUUUACCUGAACAACGUCAUCAUGCGCUUCAUGCAGAUUAGUGAAGACUCCACGCGCCUUCUGAAAAAGAGUAAAGAAAUCACCUUUCAGCUGCAAGAGGAUUUGAUGAAAGUCCUCAACGAGCUCUACACGGUGAUGAAAACCUACCAUAUGUAUCACACGGAGAGCAUCAGUGCCGAGAGCAAACUGAAGGAGGCUGAGAAGCAGGAGGAAAAGCAGAUCGGACGUGUUGGAGAUCCCGUCUUUCACAUCCGAAUAGAGGAAAGACACCAGAGACGGAGCUCUGUGAAGAAGAUUGAGAAGAUGAAGGAGAAGAGGCAGGCCAAGUACUCGGAGAACAAGCUGAAGUCGAUCAAAGCUCGGAACGAAUACCUGCUGACACUCGAAGCCACUAAUGCUUCAAUCUUCAAGUAUUACAUUCACGACUUGUCUGAUUUAAUAGACUGUUGUGAUCUGGGAUAUCAUUCCUCUCUGAACCGGGCUUUGCGGACCUACCUCUCGGCUGAAUAUAACCUGGAGACGUCUCGUCACGAGGGCCUGGACAUCAUUGAGAAUGCGGUGGACAGUCUGGACCUCCGUAGUGACCGCCAGCGCUUCAUGGAAAUGUACCCCACUGCCUUCUGCCCGCCCGUCAAAUUUGAGUUCCAGCCACAUAUGGGAGAUGAGGUUUGUCAGAUCACGGCCCAGCCUCCAGUGCAAGCAGAACUCCUCUUGAGGUUCCAGCAGCUUCAGUCCCGUCUGGCCACUCUAAAGAUCGAGAACGAAGAGAUCAAGAAGACCUCCGAGGCCACUCUCACUACUAUCCAGGACAUGGUGACCAUUGAGGACUAUGACGUGUCCGAAUGUUUCCAUCACAGCCGCUCCACUGAAUCGGUCAAAUCCACUGUGUCGGAAACCUACCUCAGCAAGCCGAGCAUCGCCAAGAGACGCGCCAACCAACAGGAGACAGAGCAGUUCUAUUUUAUGAAGUUCCGCGAGUACCUGGAGGGCAGCAAUCUCAUCACUAAGCUUCAGGCAAAGCAUGAUCUACUGAAGAGGACCAUCGGUGAUGGUUACCGGCCUGAGUAUGCAACUACAAGUCGUGGACGACGGAACUCACACACAAGGCACCAGGACUCUGGACAAGCAAUACCAAGAGUUGUUGAGAGCUGUAUUCGAUUCAUCAACCUGUAUGGCCUUCAGCAUCAAGGAAUAUUCAGAGUGUCUGGAUCUCAAGUUGAAGUCAAUGAUAUCAAGAACUCUUUUGAGAGAGGUAAUGACCCCCUGACAGAUGAAGAGAAUAACCAUGAUAUAAACUCUGUUGCGGGAGUUUUGAAACUCUACUUUCGAGGUUUGGAGAACCCUCUGUUUCCAAAGGAAAGAUUCAGUGAUCUCAUCUCUUGUAUCAGAAUAGACAAUCUGUAUGAGAGGUCACUGUAUAUACGGAAGAUCCUUCUGACUGUACCCAGAUCAGUACUCGUGGUCAUGCGAUAUCUGUUCGCCUUCCUCAACCACUUGUCCCAGUACAGCGAUGAAAAUAUGAUGGACCCCUAUAACCUGGCCAUCUGCUUUGGCCCCACCCUCAUGCCCACUCCAGAAACUCAGGACCAGGUCUCCUGCCAGGCCCAUGUCAAUGAGGUCAUCAAAACCAUCAUCAUCCACCACGAGACCAUCUUUCCUGACGCCAAGGAGCUUGACGGCCCCAUGUACGAGAAGUGUAUGGCAGGCGGAGACUAUUGUGAGAGUCCAUACAGUGAACAUGGAGCUCUUGAGGAGGUUGAUCAGGAUGGAGGAGCAGAGACCCACACCAGUGAGGAUGAGGGGGAGCCCAUUGAAGCCAUUGCAAAAUUUGAUUAUGUGGGCCGUUCUGCACGGGAACUGUCCUUUAAGAAGGGUGCGUCUCUACUGCUGUAUCAGAGAGCGUCGGAUGACUGGUGGGAGGGCAGACACAAUGGCAUAGACGGUCUAGUGCCUCACCAGUACAUCGUUGUACAGGAUAUGGAUGACACGUUCUCUGACACUCUGAGCCAGAAGGCAGACAGCGAGGCCAGCAGUGGACAUGGAGGAGAGGAGAAAUGCUCCAGCAGAGACAUCGGAUCUCCGACAGACAGCAGAUUACCUGAUUCCUACAUCAGCAGCAGGCACAGGAAGAGAAGUGACCCCCCGACCCGCAGGCCUCCAGCUCGCCCCACUGACACCCACUGCUUGGUCCACCCCUCCCAGAGUCACCACGGCAGUCAUGGCAACCCAGAUUUGGGAUCCACAGUGAUGGGCCACUACAGUCCGCGGGAGCUGCUGAGAGGAAGAGGACACAUGCCCAUGGAUAGUCCCGAGAGACGCAGAAGGACUGGCCACGGCAGCCUGACCAACAUCAGCCGGCACGAGUCCAUGAAAAAGAUGGAGAGCCCUCCCAUCCGUAGGUCCACGUCUUCAGGCCAGUACACAAGCUUCUCCGAGCCUCACGGCAAGAGCCUGGAUCCAGAGAGCAUCGCACAGGACAUAGAGGAGACGAUGAACACUGCUCUAAAUGAGCUGAAGGAGCUCGAGCGGCAGAGUUCUGCGAAACACGCCCCUGACGUGGUGCUUGAUACCCUGGAGCAGAUGAAGAACGCUCCCACACCGGCCAGCUCCACCGAGUCCCUGAGCCAACUCCACGGCCUCCUGCUGCGGCCCACCGUCAUGGAGCCGCCCAUGCGCCGCAGCACCAGCUCCUCCAGCGAUACCAUGAGCACCUUCAAGCCUGCCGUGGCCCCACGCAUGGGUGUGCAGCUCAAGCCCCCCGCCCUGCGGCCCAAACCCAUGGUGGCGAUACCCAAGACGGGAGCGGCGCAGCAUCCGGCGGCCCCUCCACAGGAUCCACUGGACAAAUCCUGCACCAUGUGAUUUCGUUGUGGGCCAAACGUUCAGGGACAAAGAGGACCACUGUUGUCAGAGCCAGAUUUAUAGUGGAUUUUAUUGCCAUUGUACAUGGUGACGUGUGGUUCUUCAUUUUUGCAACAUUUCAUUCAGAGAGUGGACUAAAGCAAAUAUACAUAACUAAAGAUAAUAGAAAUACGUUACUGUGGUUAAUGAGGUGAUGGUAGUUAGUGUGUAUACAAUUCCAACACUAUUAUAGGGAUUAUUAAUAAACUAGAGUAACAUCGGUCACUAAGCAUGGUUCUGAGGAAGUGUAGAGUUAGUUAAACAGGUGUUUACUAUUUCAGAGAUUUACAUUUUCUCCCUGUUUGGUCGAUUCCAACGAACUUUUUUUAGAUAUUCUAGACACCUGCAACUAACGGAAAGCAGUUUAUUCGUUUUCAAAUACUGUUUGCAUGCUUGUCUGACACCUUAUUUUUUUCCGCAAUAGUCUGUGUGAAUAGAUUAAGGAGUUGUGACAAUGAUAUUAAAGAAAGCAACAAAUCACUACAGCUUCCUGCGGCAUGUUGUUGGGGUGACUUUUUCUAUAUCGGUAGUUUACAUCCACUAGAAAAACUGCUAAAUGUGAAUAAUACAGAAACUAAGCAGGGUCUUUGGUUUCUCUUGUUUACAGCAUUAGGAUUGUGGGAAAUGUGUCUCUUUACAUCUCAGAGUGAUUUCUAGUCUGGACUCUUUGUGGAAUGUUGACGUUGGAAACGCACUGCCAUAUAAGGGCAUGUGAUGUCACAUCUUCUGCCCGUCCAGAUUGGCUGUCGAUGUUAACGUUUAAGUUGUAUCAGCAAGGCUUUACUUUGAAUAUUAUAUUUUUGAUAGUAAUAUUUGAAUAUAUGCCCAGGGAGUUUGCAUAAACCACAUCCGCUUACGUUGAAGAAACAUUUUCCUAGUUUGUUUUCUUGAUUUCGUAUUUAGAAAUAUAUAUUGUGUAUAUAAAUGUACGUCCACUACACCUUUUUUUUUUUUUUGUCUUUACGUUCAUUACUUUCUCCCAGGAACCAACUGCUCUCUAUAAACAAUAUUUUUGUAGUAUCUAUUUGCUUAAUUAGAUGUAAUCUGUGAAUAGUUAAGUCUAGCUGCCAAAAAAGUAAAGUUCUUCAAGUGCUGCUUAGAGAUCGAUGCGGAUCUUUUCCUUGUCAGCUUAGCUGUCUAAAACGCUCGGCUUGGUUCUACCCUAUAAGCAUGAAUGAAAAUCCUUUUAGUUGUCAUAUGCAAGUACUUUUCUAGAAACUUUUGAGGCAAUAUUUCUUGUUGGUUCACCAAACAAGGGAAUGAUGCCAAUAGCCAUGGACUCAGAGACUGUUACUGCAGUGCUUUCAUGGGAUAGUGCUGUUUCUUAUGUGUGCUUGAGGCCCAUUAACCCUUCGUAUUAAUGUCACAGCACCGCACCCAAAUUAAGUCACGCAAGGUACCCAAAGAUAAAGAGUUAUGUACAGCAUCAGUCACUCCUGUGUAUUUGCACUCCAAAAUUAAAGAUCUGGGAUUUCGUAUAGAGUAUAUCAAUCUGACGUUAUCUGUGCAUUGACAGUCUGACCAUAGCUUAGCGUGUGUGUGUGUGUGUGUGCGUGUAUUUGUACUGUAUUCACUGAUAAUUAUAUAACAGUUAAUUCAUAUUUAGGUAGGAUAUGCUAUGAAAUGUGUUUGGGUGAAAUUGUCUAUCAUUGAACAAAGGGGACAAAUUGUACGUAACUUCAAGAAAAUUAAAAGCAAUGCCUGUUUUUAAACAUGUAAUUAUAAGGAACAUAAUAAAAAGCCUUUUGAUUACCGAUUUAUAUUGAACGAUAUUACAAACAUUUUUUAUUUUCUUUGAUUUUUUUUUUUUUUUUUUUUAAGAGUGUACAUUAUAUGUGAGCCUUGAGAAAUGUUCUCCCUGCAAAACUACACACAGUAGCAGAAUCUCUGUACAUAAUUGCUGUUAUAUCAGUGUGUCCAUGUACAUCUCUGUACUAUGUACUUGUGAAAGUGCCUUUAAAAACUGUUUUAGAGGAACUUCAUCCAAACGUCCUCUGUGCUGUGGCAUUCUUAUUUCAGAUCCAGUAUAAUGAGUUGCUAGGGAUUACGGUAAAUAAAUUAUUACUAACAUUGUUCUGUUUAUUAAGUUGUAAGAAUGAUCAAAUAAUAAAGAUACUGCUUAUCCAUUGUGACAUUGCACUUUUAUGUGAGAUUGUAUAUUUGGCAUGUAACAUCCUAACAAGUUGUAGAGCUCUUGGAGGACUGCUCCGUCUUUCUAAUAAAAAAUAUAGUUUGGUCAGUUCA